AUGGGUGCUACUAACUCAAGAGCUGAAAAGAAUGAAGCUUUAUGUAUGUGUAAAGAAAGAAAACGGUUCAUCAAGGUGGCUAUUGAUUCUAGAUAUGAUUUAGCUGCUUCGCAUGUUUCUUACAUUCAAUCUCUUAGAAAUGUUGGUAUAGCUUUAAGAAGAUAUGCUGAAGCUGAGGUGCUUGUAGAGUCUUCUUUAUCGAUUUCUGAUAAAACGCCUUCUUAA